GUUUGCUGGGUGGAGCGGGGAGGGAGGACGAGCAGUGAGUUUGAAUAGGAGGAUGCUAGGGAGCAGAGAACUGGGCUUCCGGGAUCAUAAUGACGAGUGCACGUGCGUAUGUAUGUCUGUUGAGGUCAAAAACUUAUGCCAGAUAAAGUUUGAAAUACAAGCAGGUGAGCAUCUCACGUUGCUUCUGUCAACAGCAGGCGCGUUGAUGAUCACAUCAGCAGGCCGGCAUGUAACUCAAUACAUCACAAGCUACUGAUAUAAGAGUGUCUUCAUUGUGUUUGUGACAUCCACAGUCGUUAGUCUGCAACCCACGAUGACGUGUCUAGGGCUGUUAUUGUCGCUUGUGUGUCUGUGUCUACAGGCCGGCCAUGGACACUCUCUGCUGCUGAAGAACAUGAAGAGACACCGAAGAGCGGCAGAGUGCGUCAUUGUCCUGCCAUCGCAGCAAGGGACUGUACUCUUUCCUGACCCGGCGGUACCCAGUAACGACAACUGUGUGUACCGCGUGAAUCUCAACGGCAAACGCGGGAACGUGACCCUUCACCUCACUCAGCUGGACCGACCGGCCUGCAGUCAGGGCGACAUUCAGGACAAUCUGUUGGGCUUUGAACGCUGUGGCUCUGGUUACAACUGGCAAUUAAAAAAUGUGAUCUACGUUGACUUCUCCUUCCGGGACGUCGGUCAAAGUUCGCUGGCCAUGUCCUUCUCCGUCUCCUCGAAUUCAACCGGUAAGGAUAGAAUUGCUGGUCUGAGGCGAGAUUUCAUUUUGUCUUGCUUCAAACCAUUUGCAUAAAACUGUAUACUUUAC